GGGCUGAGGUAAACCGGAUGAGGCGGCUUUUGACCACACAAGCUUGCUGUCCGUCGCCUCCCAGCCCAAACGCUACAGCCAGCUCCUCUCCGUGAGGUUCUCCGCUUACCCCACGGCUUCCCUCGCAGACACCCCAGAAGGAAGCCAUCAUGCCCCACCUCCGAGCUCACGAAGUCCAGCAGCUGCUGCACAACAAGUUCGUGGUCGUCCUGGGGGAUUCGAUCCAGAGAGCCGUCUACAAGGACCUGGUGCUCCUGCUCCAGAAGGACUGCCUGCUGUCUUCCAGUCAGCUGAAGAGCAAGGGCGAGCUGAGCUUCGAACACGACGUGCUGCUGGAGGGCGGCAGGUGGGGACGCAUGCACAAUGGCGCCCACUACCGCGAGGUGCGCCAGUUCUGCUCCGGGCGCCACUUGGUGCGCUUCUAUUUCCUCACACGUGCCUACUCCCCCUAUGUCGAAGACAUCCUACAGCAGCUGAGAUGGGGCGAGUAUGCCCCCGACUUGGUGAUCGUGAACUCCUGCCUCUGGGACCUGUCCAGGUACAGAAGCAAUUUCCUCAGAAACUACCGGGAGGACUUGGAGAGGCUCUUCCAGCGCCUGGAUCAGCUGCUGCCCAGCGGCUGCCUCGUGGUGUGGAAUACCACCAUGCCUGUGGCCGAGGUCGUGUCCGGGGGCUUCAUCCUCCCGGAUGCUUCGGGCUGCCCUUCACGCCUGCGUGAAGAUGUGAUGGAAGCUAACUUUUACAGCUCAGUGGAGGCGGCAAGGCAUGGCUUCGAUGUGCUGGAUCUCCACUUCCACUUCCGCCACGCAGGGCAGCAUCGGCUAAGCGAUGGCGUGCAUUGGGAUGAGCGUGCGCACCGCUACCUCUCACAGCUGCUGCUGGCACACGUGGCAGACGCCUGGGGCGUGAUCCUCCCAGCCCACAACACGGUAGGAAGGUGGAUCAGGGAUGUCCCUGCAGAAAGACAGCCAGACCGGGCAGACCGAAGGCAACCUCGAGACCACCACCACUGUGAGCAGCGCGAACCCCCUGGGGCCAGGCACUCUCCCUCUUCCAGGUACCACCACCACCAUACCCCUCAGAGAUCUUCCUCCCACCCUCGAAACCUGCCCAGCCGCAGAGAGGACCGUAUUCCCUCCUCUCCAACCUCCCAACCGCAGCCCUUCCACAGAGAUUCCUCGAGGCGCAGGCAUGGAUACUCCAGGGAAGUCAACUCAGUGGAUCGUGAGCAUAGACCGGGCCCCAUCCGCAGAGUCUAUUCCCACCAUGAGAUCAGGGCGUCUUCCCCUUACCCUUCCCGGCACCACAGUGAGCCACACAGAUCUCAUAGAAGGCACAGCCAUCAUCGGCACACCUAAGCACACGAAGAGGCAAGGGGCCUUAAAGCCACCUGACUCAGUAUCCUGGCCUUCAGCAACCCUAUUUGAAAGCAAUUUAGUUUUCUUGGCCGUUUCUUGGGGACGAAGCCCAGAUCUGAAACUCCUCACCCCACUUAUAACUGUUGGCAUUUGUUCGGAAAUAUUCCUCAUGAAAAAGCACUCCUCUCAUUAAAAAGAGAGAGGCCUAGAAAUGAGUUAAGUCUUAAAGCACUAAUCUCUGUUGACAUUUUUCCCCAAGAAAAAUUAAAAAAAAAAAAGUCAAUUCAGAACUGUAUUGACUUCACCUUGACCACUGAUUUCUGCGUCCGUUAGUAGAACUUUAUCUCCCAAGAAUUCACGGUAAGUUGGAUUGGAGAUCCUGUAGCUGUAUUUGUCUGUUUGAAAACAGUACUGUCCUUUAAAAUGUGUAAUGGCUAGAGAUCUGUUUGCUAGAAUAGAAGAGUCUGCAUUUUUAAGUUCAUCGAGUGCCUACUAUUUCUGCCUCUGUAAUUUCAUUUUUCAGAAGUUUCAUGCACUCAUAUGCAUGUAUUUUGGUUCUCUUCUUUCCCCCAUUACUCUUACUCUUCUCCCACUGAACUACGUUUUCCCAAAUAGUCUCACAGCUACAUUGAUGCCUUUUUUUCUUUUUUCUUUCUCUCUCUCUCUCUCUCUCUCUCUCUCUCUCUCUCUCUCUCUCUCUCUCUCUCUCUUUUUUUUUUUUUUUUUUUUUUUUUUGGAAUCCACUAAGUUGAGUUCAGGUUGCUUGCAUGAGCCUGGAGGAGGUGUUCUUGAACAGUUUUGGGGGGUCUCCAUAAAAUGGCAUGGAAAACACAGAGAGCUGUCUAUAGUCUCUCAGAACGCACAUAAGCAGAGCCCAGCACCCCCAUCACCCCCAUACACCAUCCCGGGGCCAUUUGUUCAUGUGAUGAACUUACAUUAGUAGGUCAUUAUCACUCCUCUCACUGUCUGCUUUCGAAUGUGCUCUUGGUCUUUUAGCAUGUGCAUCCUCUAAGCUUGGGCAACUAUUUCAUGAUAACCACUGUCUUUUAAAACAUGUCAUUUCACUCUAUCUAUUCACCACCACAUCCUCCAAAUCUCUGGAAACCAAGGGUCCAUAACUGUUUCUGUAAUUAUGUACAUAGAAUGUUACAUAGAUGUAUGCCUUUUAUAGUAUGUAACCUGUCUGAUUGGGUUAUCUCACACAGUAAUGUGCAUGUAUAUAUGUAUAUAUCUCCUUUAUGUCUUUUCAUGGCUUGAUAACUCAUUUAUUUUUAGCCCUGGAUAACAUUGCAUCAUCACAAUGUUCCACUGUUUGUUUUCCCCGUUCACUUCCUGAAGAAACUCCUGGUUGCUACGCAGUUGGAGACAUUAUUAAUAAAAUCGUUAUAAAUAUC